AUGUCAAAGGACCAAAUUCUCAACUUCUGCAACGAAUUAUCAUCAUUCUGCAAUCAUCUUCAAUCCUCUACCAAUGCACUCAAACAAUCCAUCGAUCGAAGACCUAUUCCUCUCGAUUCCGCAUCUUCUACCUUCGUUCAAUCCCUCAAUCACCGUGUAUCAACCGCAACCUCCGGUCUCGAAUUGCUCGAAUCAAUGAGCAGUACGGUUUCUUUCGAAGAGCUUUUAGGUCACUGCAACGAAAUGUAUAAGAUAAAUCAAACCGAAAUGCUCCAACUCCAAGAUCAUCUUAAAACCUACGGCUACGUUCCAGCUUCGGAUAUUGAGGAGGAAGACGAAGCUUCCGAUGAUAAAUUGGAUAGUCUCUCUUCUUUUUAUGGAUCACUCUCUGUUGCUGAUUCUGGCUUCAAGAAUUACGAUGACGAUGCUUUAUUUGAUGAAUCUAUGAGUUUGAAACAACUUGGGCUAUCAGAUGCAUGUCUAGCCAGUUUAGCAUUGGAAGAUAAUGUACCUUCACCAGAACUUGAGAAAGUGCCUAAUUUAGAGGCAGACAGUGAGAAUUUAAAGGCACCUGAAGCUCCAAGCCCCUGUUUGAACAUAUUAAAGAGCCAAUUUGAAUGCCUUCCUACCUAUAUGAAGAGUCUAGCAUCAUGGGAGGAGCUACUUGUAGCCGUUGAUAAGAUUAAUUCAAAUCUAAGCAAGAAGACCAGCGGAUGCAACUUCUUCGGGCAAGAUGAUAUUCCUUCAUUUGAUUUAGGACCUAAAGCAAGAUCAUAUUUGCUGCUUUUAGUGCGCAUGAAUCAUAUGGUUGUUGAGCUAAUUGACGGUCUAUUAUCAUAUAGAAUAUUGUAG